GCCCUGCCGACAGACGGCGCUGUGUGUAUAUGUGUGUCUACCUCACUGUCCUUCUAAGCAGCAUCGCUCACCUUCAACCGGCCUGACGCACCCAAUAAAAAGGCGACCGGACGACGUGAAACGUCUCUUCCAGACGAGCAGAGCCACCUUUUAGUGUUUAUUCGCUUUUUUAAAAAUAAUGCAGCGUAAUCGUUGGGUGUUUUUUUAACGACUAUAGGCCGGCCUGCUCACUGCGACACGGAAACGCCAUCAUCCAAAGAACAAAAAAAACGCUCUGAGCUUCUGCACUGGGUUUCUGGUAGAAAAAGGAGAGAUCUCUACGGAUCUCUCUCGUCUUGUUUUUUUGACGCUCCAGUAGCAUCCACUUCGCCUUCAUCAUCGUCUUCAUUCAAUCUGCGCCAUGGCCGACGUCCCAGCCGAGUGCAAUAUCAAGGUGCUGUGCCGCUUUCGCCCUCUCAACCAGUCCGAGAUCCUUCGAGGCGAUCUCUUUCUACCAAAAUUCCAAGGAGAUGACACCGUCGUCGUCGGGGGGAAGUCGUACAUGUUUGACCGAGUGUUUCCCACCAACACCACCCAGGAGCAGGUGUACAACACCUGUGCCAAGCAGAUUGUCAAGGAUGUGCUGUGUGGCUACAACGGCACUAUCUUUGCUUAUGGACAAACCUCCUCCGGCAAGACUCACACCAUGGAGGGCAAACUGCACGACCCUCACCAGAUGGGCAUCAUUCCACGCAUUGCUGAGGACAUCUUCAAUCACAUCUUUGCCAUGGAUGAAAACCUGGAGUUCCACAUCAAGGUUUCCUACUUUGAAAUCUACAUGGACAAAAUCCGUGACUUACUGGAUGUGACAAAGACCAACUUGUCCGUCCACGAGGACAAGAACCGUGUGCCGUAUGUCAAGGGAUGCACAGAGCGAUUUGUCUCCAGUCCGGACGAGGUGAUGGACGUGAUUGACGAGGGCAAAUCUAACCGCCAUGUUGCCGUUACCAACAUGAACGAGCACAGUUCUCGCAGUCACAGCAUCUUCCUGAUCAACAUCAAGCAGGAGCACGUGGAGACGGAGCAGAAGCUCUGUGGAAAACUCUACCUGGUGGACCUGGCUGGAAGUGAGAAGGUCAGUAAGACAGGGGCUGCAGGAGCCGUCCUGGAUGAGGCCAAGAACAUCAACAAGUCUCUUUCAGCUUUGGGGAACGUCAUCUCUGCCUUGGCUGAGGGCACGAAAAGCCACGUGCCGUACCGUGACAGCAAAAUGACCCGCAUCCUGCAGGACUCUCUUGGAGGGAACUGUCGCACCACCAUGUUCAUCUGCUGCUCACCCUCCAGCUACAAUGACACAGAGACCAAGUCCACGCUCAUGUUUGGACAACGGGCCAAGACUAUCCGAAACACAGCCUCCAUCAAUCUGGAGCUGACAGCCGAGCAGUGGAAGAGAAAGUACGAGAAGGAGAAGGAGAAGAACAAGACCAUGAAGGAGACCAUCCAGAAGCUGGAGGCUGAGCUCAACCGCUGGAGGAAUGGCGAGAACGUGCCCGAGACGGAGCGCACCCAGCCGGAGAGCAUGACCCGCUACGAGUCGGUGGAAGAGCAGCAACAACAGCAGCGUCCCAUCCUGGACAACGACACCUCCUCCAUUGUGGUCCGCAUUUCUGAGGAGGAGCGGCACAAGUACGAAGAGGAGAUCCGCAAGCUAUACAAGCAGCUGGAUGACAAGGAUGACGAGAUCAACCUGCAGUGUCAACUUGUGGAGAAACUGAAGCAGCAGAUGUUGGAUCAGGACGAGCUCUUGGCGUCUUCACGUGGCGAUGGUGACAAGGUGCAAGCGGAGCUGGGCAGGCUGCAGGUGGAGAGUGACUGCGCCAAGGCGGAGGUGAAGGAGGUGCUGCAGGCUCUGGAGGAGCUGGCCAUCAACUAUGACCAGAAGAGCCAGGAGGUGGAGGAGAAAGGUCUGCAGAACCAGCUGCUGGCCGACCAGCUGGCCCAGAAAAUGGCCAGUCUGAUGGAGCUCGAGGCGGAGCUGUCUCGCAUGCAGGAAGUGAGCGGUCAGCAGAGGAAGCGCAUUGCUGAUGUCCUCAACGGCCUGAUGAGGGACCUGAGCGAGUUCAGCACCAUCGUGGGAAACGGCGAAAUCAAGCUGCCGGUGGAGAUCAGCGGCGCCAUCGAGGAGGAGUUCACGGUGGCUCGCUUGUACAUCAGCAAGAUCAAGUCUGAGGUGAAGAGCAUGGUGAAGCGCUGCCGCCAGCUGGAGAACAUGCAGCUGGAGUGCCACCGCAAGAUGGAGGAGACCGGCAGGGAGCUGUCGUCCUGCCACCUCCUCAUCUCUCAGCAUGAAGCAAAGAUCCGUUCUCUGACCGAGUACAUGCAGAGCGUGGAGCAGAAGAAGAGGCUGCUGGAAGAAAGUCACGACUCUUUGAGCGAGGAGUUGGCCAAGCUGCAAGACCAAGAUAAUUCCCUUCUGGAGGAGAAGGAUGCAGAGAAGGGAGAGACUGAGGAUGGAAAUGUCAAGAAGAUAACCCGCCAGCAGGGGGAGUCUCACCGCGGCCUCCACCACAAGCAGCUGGCUCGUCUGCGGGAUGAGAUCAAUGAGAAGCAGAGGCUCAUUGACGAACUUACCGAUCGUAACUCCAAGAUGGAGCUGGAGCUGGCUCAGGUUCGCUCCGACUUUGAACGUCUGAAGAGCCAAGACAGCACCAAGAGCGAGCGCCUGGAGGAGCUCUCAUUCCUGCAUGAGCGCCAUGAGCAGACUAAACAGGACCUGAAGGGUCUGGAGGAGACCGUCGCCCGCGAGCUCCAGACCCUCCACAACCUGCGCAAGCUGUUUGUUCAAGACCUCACGUCGCGGGUUAAAAAAAGUUCCGAAAUGGAACCUGAUGAUAGCGGGGGGUCUUGCACCCAGAAGCAGAAGAUUUCCUUUCUUGAGAAUAACCUGGACCAACUUACAAAGGUUCACAAACAGCUGGUUCGUGACAAUGCAGAUCUGCGUUGUGAGCUUCCAAAGCUGGAGAAACGUCUUCGGUCUACUGCUGAGAGAGUUAAGGCCCUGGAGACUGCACUGAGGGAUGCCAAGGAGGGUGCCAUGAUGGACCGCCGCCGCUAUCAGCAGGAAGUUGACCGCAUCAAAGACGCCAUGAGGGCGAAGAACGCCCUGAGGCGCCCUCAUGCUGCGCAGAUUGCCAAGCCAGUGAGACCGAAGCAGCUUACCGUGUGUUCUCCCAGCAACCCCUUCUACUCAUACAUCCGGGCUACGGAGCAUGCCAACACCUACAGCAACGCCGUUUUCCAGAGCAACAUGACACCGCCGCCCAACUCCGCCAGCAUCAACUGCAACCCCAACUCUGUUCAGACCAACACAGUUUCCACAGCGCUGGGCUACAGAGCAGGAAGAUACAGUGGAGACAUACUGGAAUCCUUCCCACUUAACAUUGACAACGGAAACAGCAUCAGUGACACAAGGGACAUCAAUGACAACAGGAGUGAUGCGCACUGUGGCAGCGAGGUGGACGAUUCAAACAGACACUACAUGGUUCACCACGAGACAGCUGCUAGUUAAUACUAAGGUGACGACCAAAACACUGUACAUGUCCAGGAACCGUCCCCUCCCUUUCACCUGCAUGCAUGCAGCCCGCCUUUCCUGCUCUGUCCAGAGCAUCACCAACGAUCAACAAAGAUAAUGAUCAAUAGCUUUGUAGUCUUUUAAGUAGGUAAAGCUCCUCCUCAUCCUUCUUAUUAGCGCCGACCAUUUAUACUUCCAGGCCUCUCAUUUCGAGAUGAAAUCAUUUUUGUAAAUAUAAAAAAACAAUCUAAUCAGUGAUAUGUUUCAUUACACGCACCUGAAAGCUAGUGCCGCCACACACACAGCAUGCAUGUCACUUAGCAGGUUAGCUUCCUGAUAGUUGCAUGUGUUGCGAUUCCAACACAAGAGACUACCCAUGCAUAGACCAUUACAUAGGAAAAAACAUGGCCAUCAGCCACUGGUGUGUCUUGUUUUUGCACCCCCUGUAGUUGCUUACAUGUGUUUUUGUAGGGUGUUUCAGGUGUGCAGUAAACGUAAACACAUCUGGGUCACCUGAGAGUGAAUGUAAAAUAUAGAAUUCAUCGGAAUUGGCUAUUCAAAGAUCCGUAGUGUAAAUCCAGUCAAAGAUGGCUUUCCCUCAUCGCCUAUCCCAGUGUUGUGUUUUUCGACCUAUUCUGUAACUGAAGGGUUCAUCGAUACGGUCUAACGUUUUAUUGGUCACGAGUGCUAUGACUAUAUUUUGUCAUUAAUGUAACCACUAUACAUAAGUAUAGUAAGUUUUGCAGUUCUACACCUCUACAACCCAACCAUAAUAAUUAGCAUACAGUGGAUAUGAAAGUUGACCUUCUUGGGUAAUUCCCAAAAAUACAUGUUCAAUUUAGUUUAAAAAAAAAAAAGUUCUUUUCAUUUUGUCAUUUUUAUUACCGUAAUUUGCCUCUUUUAAGUAGCCGUCUAUCACUAUUGGCAAUAUACAGUACAGUAUGACCAUCUUUUCGCACUGAAGUGCUCCAAUUCUGACUGAUUUUAGGGGCAUUUUCAGUGUACAAACCCCCCUUUCUGGUCAUCCCACACGUUAUUAUCAGAACCCAUGCUACACUAAAGCUGUUAUUUUCCAAACUCAUUAUAUAUAACAAGUUGGUUUAUAAUGAUUUUGAGUGCAUGAGAAAAUGGAAAGGAAGACACUGCUCUCUUUGACCACACGGUCAUUUAUUUAUUAUUUGAAGUACAUUGCACAACACAGCAACAGAAGGAGCAAACUGCUCAGCCGGCAGUAAUAGAAGUGUAACACGUAUGACUUUCAACACCAACAUUUUAAAGCACAUGCAGUCUUAAUUUAUUUAUCCACUUUAAUGUUAAAUGAAUACUUUACCCGAGCAUUGCUAUAUUUUUGAAUGCUUUAGCUGCGGCUCUGAAAGGUGUACCUUAUCAGAGCUAAACUACAAUGAAUGAUCAGCAACUCAGAGCCAUUUCGUUGUGUCCAGAUGUUGAGGUCUUUUAAUUCAGAGCCAUGAAAUGUCCAAAUACGGAGAGAACUUGUCCGCCAGCUGGCCAGACAGCAGUUUGGUUUGGAUUUGUUGUUGUUGUUUGUUUAUGCUGUGAUUCUUCCAGCGUACACCCUGACCAUCCAAUCAGGAGAGAGGAACACUGCAUGUUGUUGUGUAGAUGAACAGGUGUAUUUGGACCUUGUUUCUGAAUUAAACAACUUAAUUAGAACUCAAUUAGUUGUGCUCUUUGAAAAGACAUUAAAGCGUUACAUUUCUAUGAUUCGUGUUGGAAUUUGAUCAUAAAUAGAUGAAAAAGGUGCAUUCAGGUACAGGUAGAAUGUGAAAAUGCUUAUGUUUUAAUGAUAACAAAAUGAUCUGCACCUUUAUCUCGAUUUGCACCAAAAUCUGACCUAUUUUGAGUCUUAUUUUGUUCAUCUCAGGGUCACCAGGAAUAUUCUUUAAAGGCUUAAAUGAUAUAACUGCCUCUUUUAGCUCUUUCAUGAAUAACUAAACCUUGCACACCAAAUAGACACCUCUUUUAUUUUUCCUAAUUAAAGUCAUAGAACACAACGCCCGAGGAGCACAUGUGGCACCUCUAAAACCGAAGUUUACAGUGGAGUUUAGUGGAAAGCCUCUUAAUAUUUCAGCAGUGACCUGAAAACGAAUUACGGACUGGAAACAAACACCAAAAAACACAGAAAUUAAUAUUUAUUAUAAUGUAUAUUAUGUUGUAAUAUACUGUUUUAAUUAUGUAUUUUGUGUACAAAGAAUUAAGAAUAUUGUUUAACAUAUUAUAUUGUUUUUAAAUCGCAUAAUAACAAUUAAUUUAAUUAUUCUAUUGUUUAAUAUAUUUAUAAUUAUUUAUAUGUAUUUUUGUUAAAAAUGCAUUGUACAAAUAAGAAACUGCACCGCUAAUAUAAAAAUAAGUGAUGUAAACUCACAGACCUGGUAGUUCUAAUAGUCUGUCCCUUUAAAAAAAAAAAAAAAAAAGAUGCCUUGGAUUCUCUCAAUUGAGUGGCCACUAUAUAAGGAAAUAUGGUAGUAAUAUGGUCAGACCCUGCAGUGUAUGUCCCAGCAGACCCUCUAUUUGACACCAUGUUGUAAUAUAUAUGUGAAGGCGAGGAGCGUGUACUGUAUUUUAUACUGCAUACAGUAUAGUUAUACAUAUGUCCUCUGUUACUACUUCCACUGUCUGCUUUAAACAUAUCGCAAGUGAUUGUGCUCUUUAUUCUUCAUUUUGUAAGUAAAAGUGCAAUGCAAAAAAAAGGUGUUAGUUUUAUUUUACAUUUGUGUACGCUCAAACUAUGGCACACCCUCUGAUAAUCAUUGUGCAAGACUCCUGUAUGUAAAUAAAUAUAAGUGUACUGCAUUGUAUGUGAGCCAUUGUGUUGUAGUUCAAUAAACUUGUAGAAAGCA